CUGGAUUUGGUAAAGGAUGGCUCACCCCACCUUAGGGGGGCCGGCGCCCAGGUGGGCCCAUAAAUAGGGCACAGGCUGGCCUCGCCCUCGCUGCCUCCUCCUCGUCCACACAUCAGGCCCUGCAGCUGUCCUGGCACCAUGCCUCUCAGUCUCCUGUGGCUGGGCCUCACCCUGCUGGGGGCCCUGCACAUCCAGGCCCAGGACGCCACCCCAGACCUGAUCCGUGCCCCAUCUCUGCGCAGGGUUCCCCUGCAGCGGAACUUCCAGGACGAACAGUUCCAGGGCAAGUGGUACGUCGUGGGCCUGGCGGGCAAUGCCGUCCAGAGGAAGGAAGAAGGCCAGGAGCCGAUGUACAGCACCACCUACCAGCUGAACGACGAUCGCAGCUUCAACGUCACCUCCACUUUACUCAGGGGCCAGCGCUGUGAUCACUGGAUCAGGACUUUCGUCCCCACGUCCCGGCCCGGCCAGUAUAACCUGGGCAACAUCAAGAGUUACCCCGGGGUGAAGAACUACCUUGUGCGCGUGGUGGCCACUGACUACAGCCAGUACGCCAUGGUGUUCUUCAGGAAGGGCUCCAGAAACAAGCAGUUCUUCAAGACCACCCUCUAUGGGAGAACCAAGGAGCUGAGCCCUGAGCUGAGGGAGAGGUUCACCCGCUUCGCCAAAUCUCUGGGCCUCCCCGACGACCGCAUCGUCUUCCCCACCCCCAUCGACCAGUGCAUUGAUGACUGAGCCGGCAGUGCCUUGGCGUCUGCAUGGGGUGCCGCCCCCCACCCCACCAGCCCAGCACAAAGAGACAUAGAGGCCGGAGACCCUUCCCCUGCCCUGCUGCCGGAGCUCAUCCAUCUCCUAAAUAAACACAUGCUCCUAGCACCCCCGGCCUGUGCUGCUUGACU